UCUUAUUCCAUAAGGUAUGUUUUCAAUGCACAGUUGAGUUUCCAUCUUUCGCUUGGAUUUCACUCAUUCAUCUACAACUUUCUCAGCUGCAUAUCUCCAUCACCUACUUCUUCGCUUCACUUGGAAACAUACCAGAAAGCUCCACUCUUUUGCUUAAUUCCCUAUUGCCCCACCAAACUUGAAUUCUAAUGGAUUGGUGGUUCGGUUUUGGAAUCCAUAAUAGUCAGCAAGACACCAUAAACAUACAUUUUUUCAUGCCUCUUAGAAUUCUUUCUUCUUGUUUCAGUGACCAUUUAUCUUUGUAUGGGGAAAAGGGAGGGGAUGAGGCUUAUGUGAAUAGUUAAAGUCGUAAACUUUAGCUACUUUAAAUUAAGCUGAUAGGUGGUGGUGUAAUGGGGAAACAAGGGUCUCAUAAAAGUCUACGUUCUGAGUUUCAGGGUUGGCAUUCCAAAACCUUGUUGCUUCAGGGGUUGAAAAGUGAUUCUUCAAAAUGCAAUUCUUGUAGGGGGCUCUAUGUAGGGAAAAAGCACAUCAGGGCCAUUGUUGUCAUGUUUGGAUUGUUGGGUUGCCUUUUUCUUCUUGACUCUCUUAUCAUCUCAUUUUUUGAGUUUACCAAUCUUCAACCCCGUACAGCUCCAAAUAACUCAAGUGCGUUUCAGGGUAGAGAUUCCUACAUCUACAGAAAACAAUCGCCAGUAUAUAUGUAUGAACGACUUCUAAACUUGGCUUCCAGUGCUCUUGCAGAGAAGGAGUUCAAGCAAGAGUCGUCAAAUUUAUGGGUGGAACCAUUUCGCCAGGCAUCUUCAUGGAAACCUUGUGCAGAAAGAAAAGUUCAAUCCAAUUCGGGGAAGCCUGUGCAAAGUAAUGGCUACAUAUUAAUCAGCGCAAAUGGUGGUCUUAAUCAACAACGAGUUGCUAUUUGCAAUGCUGUUGCUGUGGCAUCUCUCCUGAAUGCAACUUUAGUCAUUCCAGAAUUUCUUUACAGUAACGUAUGGAAGGAUCCAAGCCAGUUUGGUGACAUAUACCAGGAGGAGUAUUUCAUGAAUACCUUGAAGGAUGAUAUCAAUAUUGAGAAGGAACUUCCACCUCACAUGAAAUCCCUGGAUGUAGAAGCGAUUGGUAGCCAGAUUACAGACGCAGAUCUUACCAAGGAAGCCACACCUGCUGACUAUAUCAAAGUUGUGCUUCCUAUUCUUUUGAGAAAUGGAGUUGUUCACUUCCUGGGAUAUGGAAAUCGACUAGGUUUUGAUCCAUUGCCUUCUGAUAUUCAGAGGUUAAGAUGCAAAUGCAAUUUCCACGCUUUGAAAUUCGCGCCAAAAAUUCAACAACUUGGCUCGAUAUUGAUCCAAAGGAUUAGGAAAUAUGGUGCUCGACGAAGCAUGUUAGACACUCAAUUGGUGGGAAAGUUCAUCCACAACAACAAAUAUCAUGAAGGUAAAAGGGGCUCGGCAAAAUAUCUAGCUUUGCACUUGAGAUUUGAAAUAGACAUGGUAGCCUAUUCCUUAUGCGAAUUUGGAGGCGGGGAAGAAGAGAGGAAGGAACUUCAUGCCUAUAGAGAAAGACAUUUCCCUCUGUUUCUUGAACGCUUGAAGAAGAAUUCAACCUCUAUUUCUCCAAUGAAUUUGAGAAAAUUGGGAAGAUGUCCGUUGACACCAGAAGAAGCAGCACUUGUUCUAGCUGGUCUUGGUUUCAAACCCGAAACUUAUAUUUACUUGGCUGGUUCACACAUUUAUGGGGGAAACUCAAGAAUGGAACCCUUCACUAGCCUCUAUCCUAAUGUGAUCACAAAGGAAAACCUGCUUACAGACAGUGAACUGGCACCUUUCAGGAAUUUUUCGUCGCAGUUGGCGGCUUUGGAUUUCAUUGCAUGUGCAAGUGCUGAUGUAUUUGCUAUGACUGACUCUGGUAGCCAACUUUCAUCAUUGGUUUCUGGAUUCAGAACCUACUAUGGUGGCGAUCAUGCUCCUACUUUGCGGCCAAACAAGACAAGGCUGGCCGCAAUUUUGAGGGAGAACAACACCAUAAAAUGGAACAGGUUUGAAGUCAGAGUAAAGAAGAUGAUUCUGGAAGGUCAGAAGGCUGGCAUUAGGAGUUAUGGCCGAAGCAUUUAUAGAAAUCCCCGGUGCGCUGAGUGCAUGUGCAAACACCUUUAGCUACUAGCUAGUCUUUACAUCAACACUUGUUAAUAAAAAAACACUUCCUUGUUAGAUUGAAUUUCUUUAGCCAUUGAUUUUUUCCCCAUGUAUAGUAUCUUACCCUCGAUCCUAUAAAUUGCCUUCUUUUUUCAAA